AUGCGGCUUCCUAGUAGUUAUAAAGUGGCAUUAUGUUUUCCUUGGCUUCUUCUGACACAGCUGCUUCUUUUUUUGUUUGCAUGUUCCCUGGGAGCUGCGGAGCCGAUGCUGGAUUGUCGUGAAGUGGGGCUGUUUCGUUUACAAGCACAAGGCGCAGCCGCACCUAACACCACAAUCCCAGAAGUGACAAAUGGGAACACCAACGCCACAUGUCUGCUUCACUCCGGGGCGGCCGUAGUGGCUCUACUGGGCUCACCACAGGGGCGAUUUUUAAGCCCCCUGCGGGACCCAGUGCGUCUUGCUGCGCCGCAUACUUCAUCAGUGGCAACGGAGUCAGGGAAGAAUCGGGUUGCAUCUUUUUUCCUUCGUAUACCGCAAUUUGUAUCUCGACUUUGUGCCUAUCCAUGGGCGGAUCCAGUUGCUGUGGAGAGGCUUUUCUUUCAGCGUCAGCUCAGAGUUGCUUUUGAAAUAAAUGUCUCUGCAGGUGGAAUGACAAGUCGCAACCAACUCCUUAGUUGGGCGGUUUUUGACCACAUUCGCGCCACUUCUUUUGCACCCACAGCGGAGCUGGUAGAAGAAAGAGAGAAUGCGUCUACUAGAGAGUUUUGGCUUAGCUGCAACUUUGAUAACGUGCUCGAAACCUACCGAAGUGUUUCCAAAAGAUCAUCGUUUAUUUCUAGGAUGAUCAACAAUGGUGGCAUUGGCGUCUUGCUUUCCGUUUUCUUUGGUGGCAUUGGCUAUGCCAAUACUAUUAGCAAUAUGGCUCGUGAUAAUGGCGAGGCGUCUUCCGGGAUUUUGACAGCGACCGAAGGGGAAAUGAUGUAUGUUUUUGAGGAACUUGGUCCAAACAGUAGAAAUAGCUUGUGGUUGCCUUCUUGGGUGGCAGCAUGGCUGGGCACUCGGCCCAUGGCAUCAACCGAAACACUCUUGCGUGGAACAGAAGGUCGGCCCCAGUUUGUUUACGAGGUUCAAUUACCUGUCGCGACUCCAGUCUGCCUGCGUCUGGCACCGGUCCAUAAUAAAGAGCUUUCUCUGCAUGUAGAGGAAGUCCUCGUGUUUGAUACCUUUUGGUUAAAGUGUAUACUUCUUCUGUGCCUGAUCUGGUUCUUGCAACCCUGGGUAGAAGAUGUUCCAGCUUUUCAAGUAUUACUUGCUGGAGUAGGCGGAAUCAUUGUUUUGGUUGGAUUUUUGCUCAUAUUUAUGUUUCGGAAGCUGCAGAAUAUGACACUGGGUAAAAUUGGUUUGUUAGCACUUGCCACGAUGGGUGGUUUCUCUGCGCUUGCCGAAAGUCUUUUGAGUGCGUACGCCGCUUUUCUGUACGCCUAUUUUAACUACUAUGAUAAGUCAGGCCUACUUUUCAACCCCACGUGUGUACUUCUUCUGAUAGGUCUGGCCUGUGGCUUCUUCGCGAAGUUCUUUUGGUCGAGUUACCUUUUUUCGCUGACGCGAUGGACGUUGCGGUGGAUCCAAGUUGGGGUCAUCACAUGUGCCGCGAUGCAGAACCGUGAGGCAACAUUUUUGUUUCUAUUGAUGGCGUUUGUCUUCUACCCGUCCAGGCUGUUCCGUUUCGUCUUGUGGUGCUCGCGAUCGUACGGGUUAGAGAACCGAGAAAACGAGCCACAGGAGAGUUUUCCCAGCUUUGCGCGGCGCGAAGUGGCUUACGCGCAGCCUCUCUGCGUCGAGGGCUUUAUUGGCGGUUCACGAGUACUUAGCUCGGAAGAGAAGCUCCGCCUGUACGACGCACUUGGGAACGAAUACACGCAGCGCGCCCUUGCACAUCUCGCGGACUCCGUGAAGGAGGAUCCCAGGCGGUAUGCGUCGCGCCUGAAGAAUCCAAAGGAAGUCAUUAGUUGGGCACAACACUGUAAGUAA